AUGGAAGAGAGGGUGCAAAUGCGUAACGAAUUAGUCAUCAAAAACAGCACAGGCAAAGAUGUAACGACCAGCCUUAUUGUGGCGGAGGUGUUUGGGAAACGACAUGACCACGUUUUGCGCGACAUUGAAAAUCUUAAUUGUAGUCAAAAUUUUCGUCUCCCCAAUUUUGGGGCGACCUCUUACACCGAUGCAAGUAACAGGCAAUCAAAGAUGUACGAAAUAACAAAAGACGGUUUCAGUUUUUUGGUGAUGGGAUACACAGGCGAAAAGGCAGGCGAGUUCAAGGAGCGGUUUAUUGCUGCAUUCAACGCCAACGAAGCCUUGCUGAAAGACGACGAUUACAUCAUCGAGCGCGCG